AUGGUUCAUUGCGGUACAUAUGGUAACGAUAUCAAUAUUGUACCUUGGUGGUUUUCAACAAUUCAAUACUUUUAUGGACUCUUUGGAUGGGGCCAGCAGCAAGGGUAUUAUUUUUGGCAUUCAGAUGAUGCUAUUGACAAUUUACAAAAACUGGACCUGUUACUUGCCAAGGUGGAUACUGAGGGCCUGAAAUGGCUUUUUUUUUGUAUGAGUGAACUGGCUUGUGAAUGUCAAGAUAAUGUUUCAGUGGAUCAGUUGGAUGGAAAGUUGCUUCCAAUCAAAUGCAAAUGCAAAGCCACAUCUAACCAAAAGUUGCAUCCUAGGCAGGCUAUCUGGCAAUUGGAUAUCAAACAUCUCACAAUUCCCGAGGCUCUACAAUUCCUGGAGGAAGGCAGAGCCAUAGUUUGCAAAGACAAAGAAGGUGCUACAUAUGGAAAGCUCUCUUUAUGGCUAGCUCAAGUUUCAGAACGACAGGAAGAGAAAUCACCAGACAAAUUGAAAUCAAUUGCACUAUUCUACAUAGAUGCUCUGACAUACUUCCAAGACACACCUGGUUUGAUCUUCAAGGUGGUAUCCUACUGGUCGAUUGUAUCAAGUUUUGAAGAAGCUUGCUUCCCUAUGUUAACCAAAGAAAUGAAGCAAGUUCCUAGUCACAAGUUUAUACCAGUCAUUCCUCAGCUUUGUGAAUUACUACACUUCCCAGAAGCUGGAUUCAAAAUGGGUUUGAUGGAGAUCUUGACCAGAUUAUCAGAGGACCAUCAUUUCCAUUCAGUUAUGACCCUCUUAUAUCAUGCAAAAUUUGAACCAGGAAUAGAACUUGACAAACAAGCAGGGAAUCCAUCUGACCAAAGUCUUUGA